GGAAGUCACCUUGUUACCUGCUCCAACUUGACAGCCGACAGUGAGAGUCAUCAUGGUGCAAGGGAGAGUAUGGCACGACCGACUCCUCAUGGAAACUUUAACCCAUCCGGACCAGAACGGACUGAAAUGCAAAGAGGCGCACAACUAUGAAAACACCACACAGAACGGCCUGGAGCCGAUUAUCACCUCAAGGCAGCACAGGCUGGAGUCCUCGAAACAUGUGCCCAUGCUCGUGGCUGUCCUGUUAUAUCUUUGCUCAUGUAUCGUCAUCCUGUUUGGCUACCUGAGAGACAUCCUCAGAACAGGCGGCUUAGGGAAGAACAAAUACACCCAGGAGAAAGAACAACAGACGAAACAUGUCCGGGGACCAGGAGAUUUUGGGCGUCACAGACAGGAAGCCUUUGAAAAGGCGCCCAUGCACGUGGCUGUCAUGACAUACCUGGGUUUUGGCAUCGUCACUCUCUUUGGCUACUUCAGAGACUUCCUCAGAGCCGUGGGCUUAGAGAAGCGCAAUCUCGCCCAAGAACGAGAGGAACAGAAGGAUUUUGUUCCACUUUACCAAGACUUUGAGAACUUUUACACUCGAAACCUGUACAUGAGAGUACGAGACAACUGGAACCGACCCAUAUGCAGCAUGCCAGGACCUGUCUUGGACCUGAUGGAGAGAGUUUCUGAUGACUACAACUGGACAUUCAGAUUAACUGGCAGGACAAUACACAAUGUCAUCAACAUGGGCUCUUACAACUACCUUGGGUUUGCAGAGAACAACGCUGAUUACCUUGAAACGGUGGCAGACAAAACACGCCAGUAUGGGGUUGGCGUGUGUAGCACGCGUCAGGAAGCAGGUACCCUGGACAUUCACGUAGAGCUGGAGCAGCUAGUGGCUCGUUUCCUCCGAGUGGAGUCCUCCAUGGUGUUUGGGAUGGGUUUUGCCACCAACUCAAUGAACAUACCCGCACUUGUCGGCAAGGGUUGCUUAAUCCUGAGCGAUGAGCUCAACCACACCUCUCUCAUCUUAGGGGCAAGAUUGUCUGGAGCGACCGUCAGGGUGUUCAAACAUAACAAUAUGGACCAUUUAGAGCAGGAGUUAAGAGAGUCAAUCUCCUCAGGACAGCCUCGGACUCACAGACCUUGGAGGAAAAUCCUGAUUAUGGUGGAAGGCAUCUAUAGCAUGGAGGGCUCGGUGGUGCGACUGCCUGAGCUGAUCGCUCUGAAGAAGAAAUAUAAGGUGUGUCUGUACCUGGAUGAGGCCCACAGCAUUGGGGCUGUGGGGGCGACAGGAAGGGGAGUGACAGAGCUUUUUGGUGCGAACCCAGACGAUGUGGACGUGAUGAUGGGCACCUUCACCAAGAGCUUUGGGGCUGCUGGAGGCUAUAUUGCAGGCAAAAAGGAGCUGGUAGAGUACCUGCGUAGUCGGUCCCACAGUGCCAUGUACACCUCGGGCAUGUCUCCUCCUGUCGCUGAGCAGAUCAUACGGGCCAUAAAGUGCAUCACAGGGCAUGAUGGAAACCGAGAGGGUAUUAGACGAAUCCGCCAGCUGGCGCAGAACACUCGAUACUUCCGGGCCAGAGUGAAGGAGAUGGGCUUCAUCAUCUACGGCAACGACGACUCCCCCGUGGUCCCCAUCCUCCUCUACAUGCCGGGCAAAGUGGUAGCUUUUGCUCGAGAGAUGCUUGAAAGGAAAAUUGCAGUGGUCGUGGUCGGAUUCCCCGCCACGCCGAUUACAGAAGCCAGAGCUCGCUUUUGUAUGUCUGCAGCCCACACCAGAGACAUGCUGGAUGAGGUGCUGCACCACCUGAACCAGGUGGGAGACUCUCUAGGUCUGAAAUUCUCACGACAGAAACAACCCCUCCAGUCUGACCUCUAUGAUGGGACGGACUUAGAGCCAGACAGCUAAGAUGACACUUGACCUCUUGGCUUCACUGCGUCAAAAUCUAAGUACACAGAACCAUAACGCACAAGUGUUCAGACCACAAAAGCGCACAGAUUUAAUGGAGAAAAGAUGCCAAAUACUCGAUGUUUUGUUGAAAUUGAAAUUGAAAUUGUACAUUCACUGAAAGAAGGCCAGGUAAAGUCACCAGGCACAACACUCGGUACACCUGCACACUCUCAUUAGAUCCAACGUAAGAGCUGUAUUAACAGUAUUGUUGAACAAUAUCUAUUUUAAUUGCUGGGAGACCCAUGUGAAUGUUAUUUCACAAAGUGCUUCAAAGCUAUUAAAUGCUAUAUCUUCACAAAAUAUACUAUAUAUAUAUAUAUGUAUGUACAGUAUAUAUAUACUGUACACAGUGGUGUGAAGUGUUUGCUCCCGUCCUUAUUUGUUAUUUUCUUUGCAUGUUUGUCACACUUGACAACACAACUGAACAAAAAAAUGCACUUUUUUAAUGAAACGUUUUAUUAUGAAGGGAGAAAAAAAUCCAAACCCACAUGGCCAUGUGUGAAAAAGUGACUGCCCCCUAAACCUAAUAACUGGUUGGGCCACCCUUAAAAGCAACAACUGCAAUCAAGCGUUUGCGAUAACUCGCAAUGAGUCUGUUACAGCGCUGUGGAGGAAUUUUGGCCCACUCAUCUUUGCAGAAUUGUUGUAAUUCAGCCACAUUGGAGGGUUUUCCAGCAUGAAGCGCCUUUUUAAGAUCAUGUCACAUCAUAUCAAUAGGAUUCCGGUCAGGACUCCAAAGUCUUCAUUUUGUUUUUCUGCAGCCAUUCAGAGGUGGACUUGCUGGUGUGUUUUGGAUCAUUGUCCUGCUGCAGAACCCAAGUUGGUUUCAGCUUGAGGUCACAAAUAGAUGGCCGGACAUUCUCCUUCAGGGCUUUUUGGAAGACAGCAGAAUUCAUGGUUCCAUUUAUCACAGCAAGUCUUCCAGGUCCUGAAGCAGCAAAACAGCCCCAGACCAUCACACUACCACCACCAUAUUUUACUGCUGGUAUGAUGUUCUUUUUCUGAAAUGUGACAUUACUUUUACACCAGAAGUAAUGGGACACACACACAGCACAGAGUAUUUUCCUGAAAGUUUUGGGGAUACUAUAGAUGUUUUCUGGCAAAAUUGAGACAAGCCUUAAUGUUCUUUUUAUUCAGCAGUGGUUUUCGUCAAUUAGGAGAUACGUCUGCCAUGCAGGCCAUUUUUGCUCCACCUUUCUUACGGUGGAGUCAUCAACACUGACUUUAACUGAGGCAAGUGAGGCCUGCAGUUCUUUGGAUGUUGUUGGGGGGUCUUUUGUGACCUCUUGGAUGAGUCAUCGCUGUGCUUUUGAGUGGAAGGUUUUCGCCAUUUGUGGAUAAUGGCUCUCACUGUGGUUCGAUGGAGUCCCAAAGCUUUAGAAAUGGCUUUAUAAACUUUUCCAGAGGGAGUGGGGGGGCACUUUUUCACACAGGGCCAUGUAGGGUUUUUUUCUCCCUUAAUAAUAAAAAGUUUCAUUUAAAAACUACAUUUUGUGUUCAGUUGUGUUGUCAUUGACUACUAUUUCAAUUUGUUUGAUGAUCUGAAACAUUUAAGUGUCUCAAACAUGCAAAAAAAUAAAAAAAAUCAGGAAGGAGGCAAACACAUUUUCACACCACUGUGUAUAUAUUUAUAAUAAAUGUAUACCAGAGUGAAAGGGUGAGAGGCAGGACACACCCUGAAGUGGUCACCAGCCAAUCACAGGUCACAUAUAGACACAGACUGUGCACCCUGCAGAAAUGGCCUGAGGCACUGUAGCUUGCUUAAAGAGGCUAUUUAAUCGGGCAAGUAAUAGGCGGCACUGAACUCGAGGCGAGCUCGUUACACAACGAAAUGAUCAGGGGGGUUACUAGACCGAACAUUUACUACAAUCACGGUGCGAACGUAAAAUGACAGCACAACAUGCAACAGCUAUGUAAACACACAUAAGGGAACUACUAUAAAAGCACGUGCCGCACAGCAUGCACUCCCAGCAUGCCUUGCGGCACCUUUUGUAACUAGUUGCUCAAAGUGAUGUCAUGGCAUCGCUGGAAGACUGUUUUUACUAAGCACCCAAUCAGAUUAUUCUGAUGUCUUCUAUGGCGUAUUUGUAUGUUUUUCUGGAAGUGCUAUGAUAUGCUGUGAUGUAUCCAUCAACCAUACCUUACAGUCCUCUUUUUCGUUUUGGCUCCAAGGCAGCAUCUGUAAGUAUUCACAAGCAGAACUGCAGUUUGUACUUGAACAAAUCUUUUUAUUGCCGUGGUUGUACUUUAGUUUGCAAUGUGAACUGUUAAAUGAAUUACGCUGGCGCACCUAAUGCUGUGCCUGGGUGACGUACUGAAUGAUUUAAAAGAUGAAAUAAGAAAUGAAAGCAUAUAAUAUACGAUAAAAGAGGAUUCAGGUAUCAACAAGUGGGUGUUACAAAUGCAGUUGAAAUAUUGGGCGUCAAUUUCACGUUCAUAAAUGUACAAACACUACAGUUGGCGUGCGAGAUGUGAGACGUGAGACGUGCGCGGUGAGAUGCAGAUUCAAAUAAGAGCGUAUGUGUUUCACGAGACAGGGUCUAGACUUGCAGGGUGCCACCCAUGUUCCAAGUGCAAGGCGGCCAAAGUUGCGAAUCUGCAUUUUUUUUAUUCCUUUUUUAAUAUGAGAAAGUUUGCAAAAUAUUUAUGCUCACUCUUUUUUAUACCAGCCAAACUUUGUUAGUCCAUUUCUACAAGUUUGUCAACAAGAAUUGAAUAAUUAUUUAAGUUGCAGAUCGAGAUGUCGCUUUGUGUGUUCACUUCUUUUAUAUUAAAGAAUUUGGGCUCACAAGUCGGUUGUCAUCUUGUUCUUUGGCUAUUAUCCAGACAGUAAAAUGAUGAUUUAUAUUACAGGUAACUGAUAAGAGACCAAUUAUAAAGGUGCAUUGCAUUCCCAAAUAGACACAAACACACGCUUUCAUUCAAUGUCGAUGAUCAUUUAGCAAAGACUUCUUGGAUGUGUGAUUCAGUCCCUGCAAACCCUGAGGAGGAUGCACAGUGUUGGGGCUUGUUUUGUGGCCAGACAGGCUCAUAUUCAGCACAACUCCGUUGUUGUUUUAUGUUUUAAAGACCUGCUUGUUCCCUUUGACGCGGCAACAGUUGCGAAGGUAUGCAUGCAGGGUAUGCAGCACCUGAGCCAACACAAACCUAACCCGGCAAUUAACGCAAUGAGCUCCGAAUUCUCCUGCAAUGGGGUAAUCACUUGAUUAACACUGGCUGGAUUGUAGAUGGAUGAUAAAUGUGUUUUUUCACGUGUCGGAUGGGCCUCAGUUGAUACAUGUUUGCUAUCACCUCAGGUCUAGCACCAUGUUUGUGUGUGUUUUACACAAUGAACAAUGUGCGUAUCUUUAACAGAUCGUGUCACACGCAAACCCCGAAGCACUAACAUAUGCACAUCCUUGGCGAGAGGACAUAAGAGUUAAAAGCCCCAAUGUAAACCAUACAGUAGUGAUAUAUGGACAAUAAUAUAUCCUUUACAAGAUGAAAUUGUAGGAUAUGCAUGUCCUUUGUACAAUUAGGAGAUACGUUAUUCAUCUCCAAAUUAGCAGUACGGCAAGUUACUACAACAUGCACACCUUGUAUAAAAGAAUUCUAAGACAGUAGUCGUCCCUCGUUAAACGCAGUCAAUUGGUACCGGACCCAACCGUUAUUUAUAAAUGAAACAUUUUCAUAGCUGCAGCAUAGAAAACCUGUUUACCACCCUCUAAAUGCAUUUUUUUAAACACUAUUAAGAACCCUCUGCAUGAAACAACACCCCUAUAGUCACCUUUACGCACGUAUUACGCAAUAGUAGACAUAAGAGAAAAUAUAGACGCACACCAGAGUUGCCAAGCAUCCCUUCAAAAACGGAAUCAUCCCGUAUUUACAAACAAAAUUAAGUGUCCCAUUUUGAGCUGACAAGGGACUUCGUCCAUUAUUACUAUUGACAAUCAAAGCUAGUCAAGUGCCACUGGAUUCUAUUGACGACAGCUUGUCACAGGGUAAGACAAUCGAUACCAGCUGUCUGAUCGCUCGUCUAUCAAACUCAUAGCCAUUCGACUGUACUGGCAUCUUUAUUUACACACUUUGCCUGGCUGUCGCUUAGCUUCGCACUGGCGGCAACUAGCUAGCAUUUUGUCUUUAAAAAAAGAAAAAGCAAUGUGAUACAUGCUAAGCAAUAGUAGUGCUACUUUUUUAAGGUGUCAUUUAACAACUUCUUGUCCUCAAAACACUACUUGUGUGUCAACACUUUGAGUGGAGAUCUGCUUCAUAAAUAAAGGACAAUUAAAUGUUGCCAGUCAUUAAAAAAAAUAAAACAAAUAGCUAAUCUUUCCUAACUAUUUUGUCAUAGUAGCUUUAAAGAUAAAGAGGGUUAGAGACCCAUACACUAUCGUAAACCUGGACACAGAUUUUUUACUGUUUUAGGUUAAGAAGGACAGAUUUCUAUAAGCUAGAUAUUUCGUGGAUUAUUUUAUUCUGUUCAUUUUGUUAUUUUCACAAAAAAAAGAAUAAUUUGUUUCCCGUGUAUUAGUAUUAUUGCAAAACAUACAUCAAAUUACAUUAAUUCAGGUUCAUCUCACUCAAAUAUAAGACAAAAAAAAGACAAAUGGGUCCGCCGGGCCUGCCAAAAACGUGUCCCUUAUUCGUUUUUCAAAGAGUUUUGCAACAGUAACGCACAAACACGCAUACUUCUGGUCUACGGUUUGUUUUUGAUACUCUUACUCCACACUAACAGUAUAAGACUAACAACCACGUCAUAAUCACACACACAGUUCUUCCACAAUCACUAGCCUGUGAAAAUACUGCAACCUGGUUGAGAUGAUGAUGAGGAUCUGCUCUGCAGUACUGAAGAUGAAGCAAAUAUGCUUAAUUUACGCCAUAAAUAUGUACAAUUUGCUUAAAUAUGUCUUAAAAAAAAAAUUUAAAUAGGCUGUUAUCAACCACAAAACAGGGAGGAACCGCGAUGUGAUUUUUUAAAUGAAUGUAUUAGGAAAACACGUGAGAGUGAAGCCACGAAAGUUGAAGCACAACCAUUUAUAUGCGGCAUAUCUACUCAAGGAACAAUACGAUAAAAAUGAAACUUGAAUAGUCAUUUAUAGUGGUUAAUUGGCUCCAGACCCGACUGCGAUAAAUUUCCGCCAUACUGUAUAGGAUUCAGUGCUAAUAAAUGGAAUAUUUUCGUAGUUAAGAGCAUAGACAACUUGUUUAUGACUUCCUACAGUUUGUAACAUUAUUAGAGCCCUGUAGACAUGCAAUAGCACGCCUGAAGUCACCUUUACACUCCUAUUAUUCAUUGUUUACAUCACAUUGUGCAACUGUGUCACUGUGUAUUCUUUACUUGCGUAUCUUGCUUGCUGCUGUAACAAGUGAAUUCCCCUGCUGUGGGAUAAAUAAAGUGCAAUACAAUACAAUACAACUCUUACGCUGCAGGGGCUUGAGGCAAGCUAGCAGGCUAAAAGGCUAGCGAGCUAACCAGUUAGCCUCAAAUAUAUUUCUUCUAAAGAAGCCAAAGACUUAUCACUUCCACACGGAAUGGGAGGUGAACUUUUUUUUUCACACUAUCAUGUCGGACUUCAUGACUUCAGGCAGUGUUAAGGUAAUGUAAUGUAAGGUAAUGUCUCAAUAAUUGUUUUGUGUCACUACUGUUGCCUAGUGACCAGAAUACUACAUAUCACUGUAUUUCAAUAUGUUUGGACUAAUAAUAGACCAUAGUCAACCACGAAACAGCAAUCAUUUGUUAAUAAUCAAACCGCGAUAUCACGAGGGAUGACUAUACUGAGAGUAGUCAUUUUACAACUUUUGGUGGUGGUAGCUUUAUGGUGUGGGCUGCAUGAGUGCUGCAGUUCAUCCAUCCAUCUUCUAUGCUGCUUAUCCUACUAGGGUCGCGGGGGUAUGCUGGAGCCUAUCCAAGCUGACUUCAAGCGAGAGGCGACGUACACCCGGACUCUGCAGCUCAUUGAUGGAAAAAUGAAUUCCAACACGUACUGUGACAUUCAUGUCUUUUAGAAGACAAAGUAGUUGCGUCCGCAUAUCCUUUACGAGGACAUAUGUAUACGAUGUGCAUGUGUUUUACAAGUUGGGAUUGAUAAUAUGCAUAUUCGUUCCAAAAUGAAAGAGGACAGUAUGUGUAGUCAUGUUAGAAAAGCUGUAAACUUAAGCUGUUAAACCCCUGUUGAAGCCGUUCUAUCGUGGAUCACUUUGUUGUGUCAGUAAAUAUUCCCAUCUGGCUCCUAUACAGGCCUGAAACAAUGCAAGUAUGACGUCAUGUCAAUGUGCUGCUUCAUAAAGAUGUGGAGGAGGAUAAGUGGGGCCUCAUAUUUCCACAUCAUAUCUGGUCUUGCUCUUUUUUGGGGGCAUAUUGACCUUUAAAAUGUCAAUAGCGAAAGGUGGGCAGUCUGCAGGGACACUUGAGAAUUCUUCUUCCGAAAUGACUCAGACCAUCGCACACGUAGGGUGUUCAAACAAUAGUGCCUAUUGUGAUGAUGCAGAAAGACAAACUGAAACAUGCACGGACCAGCAGCAUUUUUGUACAAAGCAAG